AUGGGAGACUUUAUAAAAGGUUUACUUUUAUCGAUUUUGUCAGAAAAAUGCUACGACCAGUAUUUUCUCAAAUAUAAUUUUCUUGACGUCCCAUGUUUCAAAAGCACUUUGAGCAAAGGUCUUGGAAUUGGAAUAAUCGCUGGAUCUAUAUUGGUGAAAGUUCCACAAAUAUUGAAAAUACUUGGUAGUAAAAGUGCUGAUGGUAUCAAUGUGUAUGGAGUAUAUUUGGAACUAUUUGCCAUUACAGCAAAUUUUGCCUAUAGUUAUGUUAUGAACUUUCCUUUUAGUGCUUGGGGUGAAGGAACAUUUCUUGCUAUUCAAACGGCAAUUAUUGCAGCUCUAGUACUACAUUACAGAGGAAGUUCAAUAAAAGCAGGAUCAUUUUUAGCUAUUUACAUUGGAGUUGUUUCAACACUUGUUAGUGAUUAUACACCUAAAGAUGUUUUAUGGUUAAUGCAAGCAUUGAAUGUGCCCAUAAUUGUUGUUGCAAAGGCGAUUCAAGUAAUUACAAACUACAAAAAUGGUAGUACAGGCCAAUUGUCAGCUGUCACCUGUUUGUUGUUGUUUGGUGGAAGCAUUGCCAGAAUAUUUACAUCUAUUCAAGAGACUGGAGACUUUAUUAUGAUACUUACAUAUUGUGUGUCUACUGCUGCUAAUGCAGCUUUGGUAUUGCAACUCUUCUGGUACUGGAAUAAUGACAAGACUAGCAAGAACAAAAAUAGGAAAAAGAAGAAGCGAGCAUAG